AUGAGACUCAUUAUCCGAGACGACUCGGAAGCCGCUAGCUCUUAUGUAGCUAACUAUAUUAUACAAAGGAUCAAGCAUUUCAACCCAACUCCAGCUCAUCCCUUUGUUCUGGGUCUACCCACAGGCUCUAGUCCAUUGGGUGUGUACAGGAUUUUGGUCAAGAAGUAUAAGGCGGGAGAGAUAUCAUUUGAAAAUGUGGUCACUUUUAACAUGGAUGAAUAUAUCGGGAUCCCUCGAGACCAUCCCGAAUCGUACCACUCCUUCAUGUGGAAGAACUUUUUCUCACAUGUCAACGUCAAGCCCAACAACGUUAACAUCCUGAACGGCAACGCGCCCAAUCCUGAAGCCGAGUGCGUGGAGUACGAGGCUAAGAUCAAGCGCGCUGGCGGUAUUGACUUGUUCCUGGGCGGCAUCGGUGAGGACGGCCACAUUGCUUUCAAUGAGCCCGGCUCGAGCCUGGCGUCCAGAACUCGUGUCAAGACUCUCGCGUAUGACACAAUCAUUGCCAACUCGCGCUUCUUUGACAAUGACCUGGAUAAGGUCCCCAAGAUGGCCCUGACAGUUGGUGUGCAGACCGUGCUUGAAGCUCGUGAGGUCGUUGUCAUUAUAUUGGGUUCUCGCAAGUCACUGGCGCUUCAGAAGUGUAUUGAGCAGGGUGUAAACCACAUGUGGACACUGUCGAGUCUCCAGCUCCAUCCUCAUCCCAUGAUCGUCUGCGAUGAGGACGCCACGCUAGAGUUGCAGGUCAAGACUGUCAAGUACUUCAAGAGCAUCGAGCAAGUCGCAGCGCAGCAAGGCUUCGAGCAGAUCUUACCGUCUACUAUUCGCACAGGUCCUACAUCCAUUCCGAAGCCCAUUGUGGACAUCCGAGCACCACCAUCUCCUCCCUCCCCGACUUCACCCAUUAUCUCGUCGCCCACCAUACUUGCACCCCAGCCUACCACUUCACGGUUCUUGCGGCCCAAGUCCCCAGCGAACGAGUAUCCUGUGAGGUCCGUGUCUCCUGACCUGGUACCGGAUCGCAUGGCCGACCGAGUUGGAGUACCGAAUCUUUCGAUGCGGCUGACUCCACGACCGGAGCAGCAACAGCAACAGCAUUUCGCGAGUGUUGGGGCAUAG